UUCAGAACCUUGUGGAGGAUCCCAGCAGGGCAGGUAGGAAGCAUGCACACACUUAACAUUCAUUUGUAUUACAUCUCUUUAUUUUACUACAUUAAUUGUUUUCUAGGACCCAUUGCUAGAGAUGCCAAAACAAGUUGCUGCAAAACAGUACAGGAUUGGAGUAAUAAUAGACUAUUGUGUAAAGGUGCUUAUCUUUGAUUAUGUAAUUUAGUGAUCCAUAGCAUUGUUUAGCAUUAGUAAAGGUCUACGUGCUAACAUUCUUUUAAAUCAGUGUCUUUCAAGUGUUUACAAUAUGUUUCUUGUGAUUCACUUUGUGUUGUUGCACUUUUAAACUCUUUGCAGGUUGUACUGAUUCGUUUAUGUUUAAAUGGAGGAUUUUGAAUUCAGUGUGGAGAUCUGCGACCGUGACUGGCAAUGCUUUUAUGAGGAGUGUGAGGAGUGUAACCUGCAUCCUCCAUUGCUGGCCACAGGGGACGAUUCUGGGCUGAGUGACGGUGAUGACACAAAGUCUGCGUUUGUUGAAAGCACGCAGAAAAUAGAACUAAAGAAAAGAUUUCCAGAGGCUGAUUACUCCCUGGACAGCACGGCUAACUACACAACGGACAGCACACCAGACUGCAAGAGCUUUCCUGUGAAGACUGGUCUUAGACAACAAGCCAUUACUGGAAUGGAGAGUACCCUGUCGUGCAGUGAGGAAGAUAUCCACCUGCAGUCGGUCAAUAUGUUCUUUGAAGGAAUAACAGAAAGCAGAGAGUCAAAGGAAGAGGUGGUCGAUCUAUGCCACAAUGUGAUAGAAGUCUGCUGCGAUCAGCCUGCCAGAGGUGAAACAAUAGUUGGCAAAGGGAAUGACAUCAGCAAAAUAAACACAGUAAAAAAAGCUCAGCCUGGCUCACAGCUCAAGACUGACAUACCAUUUAAUAGUGGUUCCAUGGAAUCCAGGACACAUAAGGCAACUCUUCAUCGACCUCAUGACCUCCCUGAUGACAGUGUGUGCUCAGAAGUAAAAGAGGUCCAAAUGUGCCCAUCAUCUCAUCUCAGAAAGAAGGAUCACGCUGGAGACCCUCCGAAUUCAGAUUCUUCAUUGACCUCCAUUAAAAGGAAGCGAAGGAAGAAAAGACGACUCAGCGUAGAGCCAGCCCAAAGUGAAUAUGACAGACAGACAGAUGAGGAGCAAGACCUGUCAUCACGUCACAGCAGUACCAGGUUCUUGUGUCUAACUGAAGCACAAGAGAUAGACUUGUUGGUCACUAAUGAUCUUCCUCGGAUCAUCCACCCGUCUGGAAGUCUAAGUCAGCAUGAACGCAGGGGAAAUGUUGAACAUAAAGAUGAUUUACUGUGUGAAACUGAUGCUGAUAAUGUGUGUUGUUAUUCUCCUAGUUGUGAUGCUAAAUUAAAUCUAGAAGGCCGCAGAGCAGAAGUCAUUUUGCCUACUGAGAUAGCAGCCUGGGAUGAUGAUGAUGAUGCUGUGGAAGGUUGCCAAGGGGAUAAACUAUCCACUGCUAAGUCCGUCCUGGCUGCCGAGGCUCUACAUUCUGUCAGAGACAAGCACACGGGGUGUCAAAGAGAGGCUGAGCCGCAGCAACAGAUGGAGAUGGAGGGUCACAGCCUGGACCAAAAUACCUCUGAUUCCAAAAAGGCUGACUUUUCAUUAAUGUCUGACACUCAAAUGCUGACCUUUUCCAACACGGAUCUCCAAACGUGUGAGACCAAAGUGUACCCAAUGGAUGAAUUAACAUCUGACUUAGUGGAUUCGUCAGUUCAUAAAAGCUGUCUGUCACAAAGUCCUUCCAGUGUAGCUCUUAAAGAAACAGAACAUCACAAGAGUUGUGACGAUAACGGUUCCUAUUCAUCUGGUGGUCGUUCAAGUAAAAACACAAGGCUUUUAGUGUCGCCCUCUGAAGUAAACAUUGCUGGUUCUUCUUCAUCUCCCAAUCCAAUGGACACCAAAGACGGAGGUGGUAAAACGUCCCCAACCAUGCCCUUACACCAGGAAGCAGAUCAUGACACAGGACAAUUAUUAACAGAAUUAAAGGUCAAAGACGGAGGCGUCAUCCCAACAUCAAGACAUGAACAUCCUGUUUUUGUCAUGUCUUCUUUUUGGCGUGAGAUGGAGAAGCUGACAAUAAAUGACAUCUUGGGUUUGAGGAAUAAGAAUGAGGAAACUAGUGAUUCUGGCUGUUCCUCUAAUCCUGAGAGGUCCACUAUACUGCAAAUUGGUGAGGACACAUUUGGUCAUCUUAAAGCAGUUGAGUUGAAUCCUGUUUCCACAUCAUCAAAGUGUGUACUGCAUUGGGAGAGUGAACCUAAGCCCAUGUGUGACGUUUAUCCCAAGCCGAUGAAGAUGACCUCUCUGGGUGGUUUUCCUGGACAUGUAAUGUCUCCAAAGGGUGUCCGAAAAAUUUCAAAAAACGUAAGCGUGCACAAUCUACGAGCUCUGGAUUCAGAGUCCUGUAGCAGAAUGCAGACAGGCCAAAGUUUACAAACCUUAGAAGAAGGAGAGUUGGAGAAAGUGGGGUAUUUCAGCGAUGGAGGUACAGCUUCAUCAACUUCAUCAGCUUCAUCAACACACAGCUACAGUUUCUCCCUCCUGGAUAUAUUUCAGUACUUCUUUGGAGGAAAUCAAGAAAUUUCAAGCCAAUCAGUGACAGAUGACAUCAUAGACUUCACCAUGGCUGGAAAUUCUGUUUCUGAAACAUACGAUCAUUUCUUCUCCCAGUUUGAUACAAAUAACUUUUUUUGCCCUUUCAUCACAGAAGAAAAGCACAAAAAGUCGUCUCCAGUCACCUCCGGGCAGACAAAGCUACACUUUCCUGAAGCUUACGACUACUUCUUUGUAUCGUCUUCUUCUUCGGAUGAUUCCUCAGAAGAAGAGGAGGAUGAAAGCUGCGGUCCAGUGAGGGUUGUAAGCAGGCUCAGCCAAAAGGCAGAUGCCACUCACACCUUAACCGACAUUUAUGAGAACUUCUUCUCUGAUGGUGACAUGCGAGACAGUUUCUUUUGGAAAAUGACAUUCUCUUUAAGGAAUGUUCACCUCAGUGGAGGUGCAGCCCAGAACAAGACGUCAAUCCCUUCCUCUCCUGUACACAUGAGCCAAAAUGUUCAAUCCCUUGCAAAAACAACUCCUCUCAGAUAUUUAGCUCAUGUGGACAGUCCUGAUCCACUCAUCCUGCAAAGGGAAGACACGAUCUCUAAACAAAUAUCGGCACGACUACUCGGAUAUGAGGAAUUGCAAAGAGCUGUUCCAAGCCCAAGUAAGAUCAUACAAAGUUACAUAAACAUUUACAAAUAA